CCGUACUGAAUGGUUGGUUGUAGAUUAGGCCUAAGGAAGUUUAGAAGCGUACGGUCAGUCGUAGACGCUUGUAGUUGUACUAAAACAGAAUUACAGUUAAUACUAAAAGUAGUAUGAUUACCAACAUAAUUAGAGCUUUCUUCAAGCCAGUUCCAAAGUAUGGUAAAACCAGUUAAAAAGGAUGUAUUGUUUUUAAAGAAAUACUGAUGACAUCAAGAAAAGGAGGAGAAGAGAUUUUAUAAAAAAUUUUCAAAAGUAAUAACUGAAUAUGGAUGUAAAUAGUACAAAAAACAUAAAAAAGAGAAAUUUUGGUACUAGAAAGAAUACAAACAAAAGAAUACAGUCCUUUGAUGAAAAGAAACACUUAAGAAUUCAUGAAUAUGAAAAAAGGACAGAACUUGUUGACAGAAAUAUGUGUGAAAAUAAACUUCCCAUAGAUAACAUUAAUACAAAAGUCAAAAUGCCCCAAACCUUGGAAAAUAAGAAGAGACAUCAUAGAAUUAAAGAUGGUAAGGAACUUGACAGAGUUGCUAUUGAAAGUGAUGGUGCAGACUGUGGACAAUUUUCAUUGAAUCAUUCACCUCAGAAAAUGUCUUCAAAGAAUGGUGUUACCAGUGUAGAUAAUUUCAUGAUAGAGACAGGAGGUAAUGAAAAAAAGUUUAUAAAGAAGAAGCAUAAAAAAGUUUGAAAUAGCUGCAAAUAGGGAAAUUGAGAUGAAAAGUGGUUGUUCAGAAUUAUCUGUUGAAAAUGAGUCAUUAAAUUAUCAAAAGAUGCACAAGGGAAAUGAGAUAUUGGAUAGCACUGAUGAAAAACAGGAAAGUGAAUGGGAAAAAAAACAAGUUGAAAAUCAAACUGGUUUUGAAAGUAACUCAAGUGAUGAUGAUGAGGACAAAGAUGAAGAUAACAGACAAUUGGAUGUUGACAAGGACGAAGCUCACAAAACUGUUCUGCGACAGGAACUUGCAGAGAUGUCUUUUGAAGAAUUGCAAAAAUUGAAAGAAAGAAUUGGAUCAAAACUGUACAAUGAAGCACUGUUUGGUUCUCAAAAAAGUAACAAAAAAAACAAAAAUUACAACAGAGCCAACAAAAACAGGCCCCGUGAAGUUUCCUCUAAAGCUCCUGUACCUUUAUUUCGUGAAGUUUUCCAAGUGAAGAAGAAAGUAUAUCGAGACCCCAGGUUUGAUGACCUUUCAGGUACCUACCACGAAGAUAUAUUCAAAACUACGUAUAGUUUUCUAUCUGACAUUAAAACCAAAGAAAAGGAGGAAUUACAAGAAAUGUUAAAUGAAGAAGAAGAUCCAGAAAAAAGAAAACAAAUAAAAUUUCUGUUGAAGAGAAUGGAAAAUCAAGAGAAGACUGAACGACUAAAAGAAGUGGCUAAGCAGAAGGCUAGACAACAGAAGCAAGAAAUUAUCAGCCAGCUCAAAGAAGGGAAGAAGCCACACUUUAAGAAUAAAUCUGAAAAGAAGAGGUUAGAGUUAGCAGAACGUUUCCAGAAACUAAAGAAAGAGAACAAGCUGGAAAAAUACCUGGAAAGGAAACGAAAGAAGAAUGCCACAAAAGAGCGUCGUCAUCUCCCACUUUAGGGUUUCACUUGAAAAAUAUCAAAUAUCUGUAGUGCAUUGAAUAAAGUUUUUAUUCCUUUAUUA